CUGGACAUUGCGAAUCAUCCUCAAUCAGAGCUGGUUCUCAUGUUGGCCUCCUUACUGGGGAAGAUCACCGCAUCAAACGACACGUUGCACAAUGGGCCAAAUGCGAUAAUGCCACCACGCAGUGGUACGCCCCUCUUGGCCUUUCAUGCGCGCAACAUUCCCUCAAUCUCGAUCCAAGCCUACCUGGCCCGCAUCCUCAAAUACUGCCCAAUGUCUAGCGAUAUCUUUCUUUCGCUGCUCGUUUAUUUUGACAGAAUCAUUCACGGCGCAGAUGCGCAUCCAUUCUCCGUCGACUCCUUCAAUGUCCAUCGGCUCGUCAUCACAGGCAUUGUCGUGGCUAGCAAAUUCUGCAGUGAUGUCUUUUACACAAAUUCGCGCUACGCCAAGGUCGGCGGCUUGCCCCUGUCGGAGCUUAAUCACCUCGAAUUUCAGUUUCUGCUCAUGAAUGACUUCAGGCUGAUGAUACCUCUGGAGGAGCUUCAGCGUUAUGGAGAUCAGCUUCUACACUUCUGG